CAAGGAAAUGUUUUUCCUUGUGUUGUAAAAAAAACAAAAACCCAACAACUUUAUUCCCAAAAAGAGAAUUUACAGAAACAAGAUAAACUGACAGGAGGCGGUUUGGUGUGUGUGCUGGCACAGUCGACAGAGCGUGGAGGAGACGAGGAGAGCUGUGCAGGGCAUUAGAGGAGCGCUGCAUGACUGCUACAUAGCAGCCUUCAUCAUGCUCCUCUGGCAUGUUUCUGAGCAGAUUGUCAGAAUCAGACCGCAUGUAGCAGGGCCCGGGCUCACAGCACAGUGCAGCAGAGGACACCACAACCAACAGUCCAGCUCUGGUGGAUGAGAGCAGGUUCACACUGAGCACAGGAGACAGGUGAGAGUCUGGAGACGCAGCGGUGAACGUUACGAUACCUUCAGGCUCAUCCAGCAUGACUGGUUUAGCUGGAUAAAGUCUUCAAACCCAGUCUCAGGUCUGAUGCUGCUGCAGUAGGCCCUCGUGUAGCCGGGGUGUGUAGUGAGUUUCUGAAAGAUGAUGACACUCAUGGUCCCCAGACUUGAACCCAAGGAGAACCUCUGGGAGGUUCAUGCACCUGAUGCUGAAAAACAGAACUGCAGACUGCAGCACGCACAGAUGCACUGGUCCAUGUCUGGGAGGAGAUCACCCCUAAAACACCGUCCAUCAUCUCAUCAGGAGCAUGCCAAACUAACUGAAAACUUAUGGGACAAUUUGAUUUGGAAUCCAGCAGUUAAAGAGUCGAUUCAGUUUCCACUCAUCAGUGUUAUUUUAUUCAACAUACGUCAGCAAAGAUUGUCAACCUUAACAUUUCAUUCAUUUGUGUUCCUCAGCAGCAUUCACACACGCAGGCAUGGAUGUGUGAAUGUGUGCAUUUUUAAAUGUUAUACAGACUGACAGAAACCAAAAUGGUCUAAUGGAAGGCUGUUGAUUUCCUUCGUGUCCAAUUAAAUUCAUGGAUUUUAACAGAUUUCAGAACUUCCUGCAUCCGCUGCUGGGAAGAAGUGUAGUGGCAAUUACUCAGUCUUUGACUAAAAUCCUUUUUACAGUUCGUCUGUAGAUGUCACAGUUUUAUGUUUGGAGUCUGUGGGAAACACACGGUUAGGAGUCACGUGGUGGGUGGCUUCCUCCGUGACCAGACACCACAUCUGCGCUGCACAUGGAGGAGGAGGGUGGGGGUCUGUUCUGACCUUCAGAGCGAAACAAACCUCGGCUGCUAACGCGAUUUAUCCCGCAGAUAAAAUCAAGCUGUGCCCCUACAAACACACACACCUGCAGGUGAAGGGCAGGUAACCACAGCAGUGCCAGCUGCACGCUCACUGUCACACCUAUGCUCAGAUGUACACACACUGUGAGGACACUCACGUGAGCCAGACUCAGGUGAAGUUGCAGCUGAGGGAGCAGAACAGAGCACAACCAGGCCGUCAAUAAGGGGGGCUAAGGCUAAACCAUGGCCCCUUCUCAACGGUUUUUGACCAAUCAGAGGCGGAUCUUCUGCCUACUCCUGCCAGCCUGGGCACACCUGGGUACCUGAGGUGAUUAACCCACCUGUUUCUGAACUUGUGAUCUGCCGCUCACUACUGAGGCUUGAGGAAGACGUCCAUUUAAAGCCAGACUGUUAAUAAAGACCUGUUAGUGAGAUUGGUGCCUCAGUAUGGACAUGUCUUGAGGCAUGCUCAAUCAUCCAGGUAUCUGGACCUGGGGUGUGAGUUACCUAAAAAGGAGGAUUAAGGAUCUGUUGAACUGGCGGAGUGUUGUAGCUGAGGAGUUAUGGAUCAGACGGCUUGAAGGUUCUGCUAUCACUGACAACUUGAUGUUCUAAUUGGAAAAAACAAAAACGCACUGAACUUGGAUUCCGAGUCUGCGUUUUGAGUCAGAAAACCUCAAACAUGACAGAUAAGUUUCCUUAGAAGCCAGAGUGUGCAGCAUGCAGAUGACCUGAUGGAUCCAAAAAUGAAUAACUCCAGUGCAUCCUCCAACAAGAAAAGGCAUCAGGACAAUUCUACGUCCACUGUGUCCAUGAAGAGUGGUCACUCAAUGCCUGAACCAUGUAGUUUUGAACAUUCUUCCUCAAAAAAGACAGAUCUUGGAGCCGGAACCGAGUCUGCUAGUUUUCCAUGUAACCAUAACAAUCCUCAAGAUUUGGACUCCAUAUUUGCAUUACUUCAGGAGAAUAUUAUAGCCUUUGUAAAGAAUGAACUGCAGAUGAUUCAGAGGGUUUUGAGUCAAGGAAACUCUGACUAUUUAGAGACUCAGAAGAAGCACGAGGAGGUGGGAGAUUUUGGUGAAGAAAAGCAGAUCAGGAUCAGGAGAACAGCUUUUCUUAAGAUCACACUGCAGUUCCUGAGGAGACUGAAUCACAACAAACUAGCUGAGUCCCUCCAGAGCAAAACUAACACAAUGAACUGCCAGCAGAAACUCAAAUGUAAUCUGAAGAAGAAAUUCCAGGUUUUGUUUGAGGGAGUUGCUAAAGCUGGAAAUCCAACACUCCUCAAUGAGAUCUACACAGAGCUCUACAUCACAGAGGGAGAGACUGGAAACAUCAAUGAUGAACAUGAGAUCAGACAGAUUGAAGCAGUAUUUAGGAAAGCCACAACAGAAAUGACAAUCAAAUGUGAAGAUAUCUUUAAAACUUCAUCUGAAAGAGAUGGGCCAAUCAGAACAGUGCUGACAAACGGAGUAGCAGGCAUUGGGAAAACAGUCUUAACACAGAAAUACACUCUUGACUGGGCUGAAGACAAAGCCAAUCAGGACAUUCAGUUUAUAUUUCCAUUUACUUUUAGAGAGCUGAAUGUGCUGAAAGAGAAAAAGUUCAGCUUGAUGAAACUUCUUCAUCACUUCUUUUCUGAAACAAAAGGAACAACCUAUAACUAUGACAAGCCUCAAGUUGUGUUCAUCUUUGAUGGUCUGGAUGAGUGCCGCCUUCCUCUGGACUUCGAAAAAAAUAAAACCCUGACUAAUGUCAGAAAGUCGACUUCACUGGAUGUGCUGCUGACAAACCUCAUCAGUGGUAAGCUGCUUCCCUCCGCUCGCCUCUGGAUAACCACACGACCUGCAGCAGCCAAUCAGAUCCCUCCUGAGUAUGUUCACAUGGUGACAGAGGUCAGAGGGUUCACUGAUCCACAAAAGGAGGAGUACUUCAGGAAGAGAUUCAGAGAUGAGCGACAGGCUAGCAUUGUCCUCAGCAAUAUCCAGACAUCACGAAGCCUCCACAUCAUGUGCCACAUCCCAGUCUUCUGUUGGAUCACUGCUACAGUUCUGGAAGAUGUGCUGAAAACCAGAGAGGGAGGACAGCUGCCCAAGACCCUGACUGAGAUGUACAUCCACUUCCUGGUGGUUCAGGCCAAAGUGAAGAAGGUCAAGUAUGAUGGAGGAGCUGAGACGUAUCAAUACUGGAGGAAGAUGACUGAGUCUUUGGGAAAACUGGCUUAUGAUCAGCUCCAGAAAGGAAACCUGAUCUUCUAUGAAUCAGACCUGACAGAGUGUGGCAUCGAUAUCAGAGCAGCCUCAGUGUACUCAGGAGUGUUCACACAGAUAUUCAAAGAGGAGAGAGGACUCUACCAGGACAAGUUGUUCUGCUUCGUCCAUCUGAGCGUUCAGGAGUUUCUGGCUGCUCUUCAUGUCCAUCUGACCUUCAUCAAGUCUGGAGUCAAUCUGCUUUCUGAUGCACAAUCUAAAUCCAAGUUGUCUGAACUGUUAUUUAAGGACAACGCAGCUACAAAGUUUUACCAGAGUGCUGUGGACAAAGCCUUGCAGAGCCCAAAUGGACACCUAGAUCUCUUCCUCCGUUUCCUCUUGGGUCUUUCACUGGAAACCAACCAGAGUCUCCUGCAAGGUUUGCCAAGGCAGCAAGACAGUUGCUCAAAACCUAAACAGAAAACAAUCCAAUACAUCAAAAAGAUGAUAACAAAAGUCUCUUCACAGAGAAGCAUCAAUCUGUUUUACUGUCUGAAUGAACUGAAUGACAGUUCUCUAGUGGAGGAAAUUCAAAAAUCACUGAGAUCAGGAAGACUCUCCACAAAUGAACUAUCACCUGCUCACUGGUCAGCAUUGAUCUUCAUCCUACUGUCAUCUGAAGAAAAUUUCAAUGUGUUUGACCUAAAGAAAUACUCUGCUUCAGAAGAGGCUCUUCUGAGGCUGCUGCCAGUGGUCAAAACCUCCAGCACAGCUCUACUAAGUGACUGUAAACUGACAGACAGAAGCUGCUUAUUUCUGGCAAACAUUUUUAACUCCCCAUUGUGUAAUUUGAUUGAACUAGACCUUAGUAACAACAACCUCCAAGACUCAGGAGUGAUCUCACUCUGUGCUGGACUGCAGAAUCCAAACUGUCAACUGAAAACUCUCAGGUUGGACCAAAACAGCCUCACAAAUGCAUGCUGUCAGGAUCUCUCAUCAGUCCUCAGCACCCAGUCCAGUCUGAGAACUCUGUCCCUGAAUUAUAACAAGCUGCAGGAUUCAGCAGUGAAGCUGCUUUCUGAUGGCUUGUCCAGUCCACAGAGUAAACUCCAAAUUCUCAGGUUGGAAAAAAACUACCUCACAAAUGUAUCCUGCCAGAUACUCUCAUCAGUCCUCAGCACCCAGUCCUCCAGUCUGCAAACUCUGUCCCUGAAUUAUAAUCUGCUGCAGGAUCAGGGGUGA